AUGAUAGUGUUCGGGUGUGACCGCGAGAUUCCAGGGGUCACCAUCAGCCUUUCUGCAGAAGCCAGGGAGAGGGGCUCCGGCAGAGGGGACAUCAGAGAGUUAAGUGGGAAGCUCGAGCGGCCUCGGGAGCCGCUCACGGAGGUGACUCGCGCGCCGUGGGAUUCGGCCGCGCUGCACGACUCAAGGACGCUCCCACGCUCGGCGCAGGGGUGCAGCCGCCGCAGGGGUGCAGCCGUCGGUCCCCUGCCGCGCCGCUCGUGCCCCAGCACCCGCUCUCCCGCGCUCCGCACCUGCCUGCGGGGACCCCCACGGGCGCGGGGUGGGGGCCGCGGACUCCGGGGAGCGGGCCAGGACGCAGACUCAGGACGCAGCCCGGGAAGCCGAGGGUGGCGGGUGCGGACCCGGGGCAGCGGCCGCACAGCGCCCCUGGGACGUGGUCUCCGCGCGCUUCUCGAGACUGUCGCGACCCGCGGAACCGAAGAUGCUCCACGAAGCGCGCGUGAACGCGGCGGGGGCUUCGUCGAAGCGGGGACAACCCGGACGGCGGAGAGUGGGCCCGCCGCCCUAGGUCCACACCGCGGGGCGCCGCUCCGGCGGGAGACGCGCGAGCUCUGGGCCCGCACCACCGCGCGAGGAGUCCGCGAGGCGACAGGCCGCGCGAGAGGGGCAGCGCCGGGCGCGUGGAUGCGGCGCCCCGGACUCGCGGACCCGGACGCUGCCAGCGGGCGACGCUGGGGCGCGGGUGCCUGGGAAGCCAGAGCAGGGGGAGCUGGGGCGAGGCGGCUGCUCUGGGCCUGGGGAGCGAUGACCCCGCCGCGCCGGGUCUGCAGCACCGCGCGGAGCGGGACGGGUAACUCGAGCGCGACGGACGGAACACGUCGCGGAGGGAGGUGCGCUCCGGGCACUUGCCGCGCGCGCCGGGCGUCCUCUCGCCGCGAGGUCUCCCGCGGGGGUGACGGGCUCGCCUCCCCCGGGGACCCCUUCUGCCCGGCACGGCCUUGCGCCUGCGCCCGCAGCUGGUCCCCGUGGGCGCCCCCACCCCGCGGUCCCGCCCGGGUGAAGGCGGGUCUGGGACAGGUCGGCGGAGAGCGAGCCAUUUGCAAGGGCAUCCGGGGGCCCGAGAAAAACGAGGUGUCCUCAAGUCGUUUCCCCAAUAAGGGCCGGAGAGCAGAGGUCGGGGGCUGAGGGAGAGCCUCGGAGCGCCCUCCCGGGAGGGCGCUCCGGG